CGUUUUCCUUGACGAAUUCAUGCCGUAUUUGAAGUCAAUCAAUUAUAAUUGACUUUUCCCUGUUUGUUAAGUCACGGUCGCCUGUUUUACCUCACCGAAUACGUUUUUUUCUCCGCCAUUCACCUCGCCACUGUCAAACAUUUCAGCAAACUUUAUUUAAACGCGUUUGAAAUGUGAACGUGCCCCAAAUAAAAGUGCCAACCCUGAGCCUCGCGGACACCAUGACGUCAGCGUUGGAGCAGUGAACUAAAACAAUCAACCUCACUCCUCUCCUUCUGCUCUGCUCCCCGACCGACCGAGCGAGCGACGGACCUCCCCUCCUCAUCUGUGGCGUCCACAAACCCCAGGCUCAGUAAACAGAAGCCAGUGCAGAAACCGCAUUGUUUGGAACCAGUUUCCGCUAACCGCUCAUUUACAGUCUACUCCCGGUACACGGCAGAGAAGAACAAGCCUGGUGCCCGCCGCUGAAUCUGUCCGAUAACAGGAAAAUAAAAGCAUGUCUGCUAAGCCCGGAGAAGAGCUAAGCUCUGAGGGAAGGUGGUUUGGGGAUGACUAUGAAAGAAAUGGCCUGUUUGGGAAUACACCGACCCGGUUCGACGAGCUACAUGAGGAUUUGAAGCCGAAAGGUGGCGAGGUGGCGGGCGACCUGGAUCAACAAUUUCAUCCUUUCCAGGACGACGGGAAAAGGCCUCCCGUUGCUAUGGAAACUGCAUCUACAGGUACUAAUGCAGGCAGUUAUCGCACUUUACCCUAGAUAUUUGCCAAAUUCAUUGUAUUUUCAGUCACGUUCCGGUUAGUUUUGCUGUCCAUAUCAAACACAGCUCGGUGUACAGGUGUAAACACAGUACAGCGGGAAAGACGCAGCCGAGUCCAUUUGUCUAGGCGUAACGACAGACGGCCUGUCGGUCUGUCUUUGUGUUUAAACUUCUUACCGAAGAAGAGCGAGCAACUUCCAUGUGGUGAUAGUAAAUCAGGACUCACAACACUGAAGAGGUGCUGAAGAGGACUGAACUAAAACAGGCAUGAAACAUCAGAUGGGUUAUGUUUUCCACAGUAUUCUCAGGUUAACGAUGUUUGAGUCUUUAGACACAAUUCACAUAGGAAGAAGCAUGAUAAGCAAAUAGCCUGUUGAUCUUUGAAUUGUUUGUGAAAUUUGCACACUUGUACCAGCUCUCAAAUAUAGACCUAUUUCCAUGGUAUUUUAAUGCUUGCACACUUGAUGAGAGGGACCAGAGUGAUGGUAAACAGAUCAUAGGCCUUGACCCCUUUACUUUCAUGACCACUGACUGACUAAGUCACUCUCGAUUAUAUGUCUUAAAAAAACACCUGAACAUAAUAUAUUGUUGAUGUAACAGCAUGGCUGGAGAAGAUCUAAAUUCCUAUUUUGGCGUUGUUGAUUAUAUAGUUAUGUUAUUGAAUGCUGCAGGCAGUGUUUUUGUGGGAACAUCAUGCAGACCUCAGUCACUCUUCAGCAAAGCUCCAUGUAGCUAUUUUUAAUCCCAGGAACUGGGCUCACUAUUCGCUUGGUGAGCAGAACCCUGCACUUUCAUUCAAGAAUUCACUAAAAAAUUCAUGAGAUGAUGUUUUUAAAAAGAGAUGCCGCCUACUUUCCUCUUUUCACUGCUUAGGCUUUACCUCAUUGCAUGGUUGCUGCUGGUCAAAAUUUUUUUGAUAAUCAGUUAACAACCAAAAGCAAAAUGCAUAAAUUGGAUUUUGAAUUGCAAUUUGGCACAAAAGCAGGACUGCAAUAUACAAAUCCAAAAAGGCUGCUAUGUAAAAAAUAGACACUUGAGCAUUUACAUCAUGUACAAAGCUAAAGAAAAAGUAUCCUUUAUAGACUGAAUAUCAGAUUCACAGUAUGUGAACAAGAAAGUCACACUUUAACUAACACAAAAUGAAGCAAAACAGAGUGCCAGACUUUUCAUACUUGUGCAGUUGUACACACAUUUACACAGAUUGUAUUUGGUCUGUUAAAGAUGAGGGAAUAACUGUCUGUAUUUGCUGUUACCACCAUCGAGUUGUAUUCGCGCCAGUGAAGUAAUCUGCUAUGUCCUGUAUCUUCUCGGUUGGAGCACUGCAGAAUUCAUCAUAUCUCGCAGAGCAGAGUGGAUGUUUUCCUCUCAACCAGACAUGUUAUAGUCUACUUGGAUCUUUGUCAAAUACAUUCCCUCCCACUGACCCCCUCUUAAACAAACUCUACUUCUGUUCUGCGUCACUGAUAAGAGAUCAUAAAAUAACAUUUCAUUUUUGGAGACUAAGAUUAUUUUUAUUUCACUAAAGUCAGACAAGAAGUUUGACCUUCAAAGGGUAUAAACUGUGAAAAGUAUCUCUUCAAGAUGUCUAGAUUUUCCUUGCCAGGUAAUCAAUCCCUACCUAUCUUAAAUCUUGUUCGCCACAGUGAUCUACCCACAGGAUGCCUAUAAUGCUGAUUUCAGCUGUAUUAAAUUACAACAGACCUUGGAUCACAGACAGUACAGCACAGCCCUUCCUCUUUUAUCUUCAAAAGUUUCCCAUCCUGUCAAGGCUUUCAAGAGCCAUGAAAGAGACAGUUUGUGGAAGAUAUUGCUGCAUCACAACCAGAUCUGAGUGCUGUGAAAAUCCCACAGUCAUGUUUGUUUUUAGCACAUAGUGUGUCGACUAGCAUUGCUUGCUCUCAUGCGUAGAAUAAAACAGCUUAGUGCAGAUUGCAGACAAAGAGGAACAUUAUUAUUACGUCUCUCAAUUUUUUCAACAAGUUUGUAACUUCUUAAAGCAAAUUAUAACAAUUACUUUAUCAUGGCUUUGACAGGUGGAUUAGACUGGAGCCUUUUCCCUUAGUGACAAGGAUGAGACAGCAUAUGUCUGGCUGAGUCUCCUCCAUAUCUUCCAGAUAGGAAAAGCACUUAGUGGACUGCACUGGACUGCAUAAGCCAGCACAGAGCAUUUGUGCCUUUAGCUGGUAGAGCUCUGCUCCUGUUCCCAGGGGGGCAAGCAGUGCUCCGUCUUUUCAGAGUAGAUGAUAAAGAUGCAGGAUAAUACAGUGGUAGGAAGGGGGGGGGGGUUAAUGGCAAAGGAGACAAGGCUGUGACGAGAGCGCUGACAGUUCAAACAGUCUUGGCUGAUGGGGAAAAACUUAAUAUAAGGAACUAUCCACAGACAUUCACAGAAUUCAGUGUCUUCAAAAUGUGAUGGGUCAGCAGCUUGCAGGUGUACCUCUGUUUACUAGUGGUUGAAAGUGUGCUGUCCAGAACCUUACAUAAUUAAAUAAGGCUUAAGGUGUGUACAGUCCAGUCUCUUAAAUAAUUUGACCAAAGCACUCAUCCUGUUAGAUCUCCAGUCUAAUCAGUCAGUCUCCAGGACCAAUUAGCUUAAAGGACAGAUAGAUGCAUGACAGACCAAGCCCUAAAAGCUGCACCACAAGGAACAAUAACAAAACAUUACUGUUUUCACCAUGCCAGUAAAUCAUAUUUUCUCAUGUCCUUUGAUCCCAUGUGUUUACCCUGAAAACAAUUAAAGCCAGCAUGUGAAAUAUGAUGCUUUGAUCCUCUUGCCUCAGUCCAGCUCUGUAGCCUGAAGGCAUAAAGUAAUCCCAGAGCAGAGUCGGCAAAAAACAGCUCAUGGGAUUACAGCCGCUAUCAGCAGAGACACUUACUAACAGAGUACUCAGUCUUAUCAUUAUGUACUGAUUAUUGUAUCCUACUUCCUCCAACAUAUGUCACUACUCCUCAGUGCCAAAUUGCAUCUAUAUUAUUAAAGGUGAAAUGCCAAUCUAAAGUCACACUGAAUUGACAGCUUUGACCUGAAACAGACAGUAUGCAGACACUCAGUCUGGACACUCCCACAUCCUCUCCAUUCACCCAUAAAAGCUCUAUCCAGGCAAGAAAAAUUCAAUCGAUACAGAGGAAGACAGGUACUGUAUGUGCUACCACAUCAGAAUCUAAAUGGGGACAGUUUAGCUUUUAUUUAAAGCGGUACUACAUUGAUUCAUAUAGGCUGCUGGAACUUUUGUCAUUAGUUGCCUUAAGUGAUUUUUUUAAAAGAACAAUGUGUAGAUUGAUGUUUCUUACGGUGAUUGUCGUCUUAGAGCGAUCAUCCUGGAUCAAUUCAGCUCCAAGCAGCUGAAUCCCCCUAUCGACCUCUGCUUGUAGUUUGGAUGUGCCUCAGCUCUCGAUAUAGACUGUCUUAGUGAGCUUGCUUUUCUUCUUCUCCUUCAUUUAAGUGACUAACAUUAGAGUGUGAUAGUUUUAUUUGUUCAGCAAAAAUUAUUGCAUCAAUACACUGUGAAUGCAGUAAUAAAAAGCUGUGAAUUCCAAGAAUAUUAAGCUCAAAAGCUUUGCUUCAGUUUCAUAACUUUUAAUUAGAAUCUAAUAUUAGGAUGCCACCCUCUGAUAUGAAAGUUGUAUUAGGAAUCAGCUCACUUUAUAUUAGACUAUAUAUUAUAUAUAUUCUAUAUAUUACAAUAUUAGUAAUAGAUAGAUGCUUUAAGUUUUUCAUAGAAUUAUUUGUACUGUUAGCAUCAAUUUGAUUACUAAGAUGUGAUGUCUAUUCUUGUAAUAAAUAUUAUCAAACAUCACAAAAAACCCUAAUUUAAAAUCCUGAAAAACAUAAUAUUAUAAAGACUGAAAAUUAAUGUUUAUCCGUAGUUCUUCAUUUAAGAACAAACGUCUACAAUUUGUGUGAAUAUUCAUCAAACAAAAUGCAAAAUAACACAAGUUUACAAGUUGGCACUGGUUUCAUCCACACAAUAAAACUUACAUGAUUAAUGAACAAAAAUAUAAAUAAAUAAAAUGAUGAACCUAACCCUAAGGCCUCCAACUGUCCGAUACAAUCCGUGGGAAUCACAGUAAUCGGAGAAAAAAUCUUCAGUGGGUAACACAAAGAACUUGUGAAUCUCUGCAUCACCAUGCUUAUAUCUAGUUUCCCAUCAGGCCUUAUAAAGUAUAUACAGCAGCUUUGAUACUUUUGGUCACAGCUUACUCUUACGUCAGCAAAUGGAUGUGUGUCAUGUAGUGUGCCCUGGGUUAUGUGUUUAGAUGUUAUGAAUCAUCAAGAGAAGCUGUGAAAGGAAAGGGACAGGCAGUUGUUAGGAAGUCUCAGUACCUAACAAAGUCCCUCCAAACCAAUAAUUUAUUUCUAGAAGUGGCCCACUUGAUAGCACUGGUCCCUGCUUUCAAUGUUUCAAACAUACACAUCCCUCUUAAAUUGUAACAUCCUUCUCUUGAUAAAAGAAAUAGUUACCGAAAGAAUUACAUCUUAUUUUUUAGUACAUGAUAAUUGGAUAUGUGGAUUCAUGGCAGCAAGCUUUAUUAAUUAUUCUAAUAAUUUUAUUGUAGUUUAAUUAUGGGAUCUGUAGUUAAUUUUCACAGACUUCUACAUUGAAUUCCAUACGCAGCAUAAUAAGCAAACAAUAUCAAAUACAUACGCCUUUCUUAUUCAGCAGACCCUUUACUUUGUAAAGAAAACCAACAGAUUCCAAUAAAUUCUAUUUGAUAAAGGCCAUGCAUGAUUUAAAAGCAGCCUUUAUGAUCUGUGGUAACUUCCAGGAGUUUAAUUUGAUUUAAUCUUUUAAUUUUAAUUCACUCAACAUAACUCCAUUAUACAACAAAUUGAGUUUUCUCUCCAUUUGAUAAUGACUGAAAAUUAAAUUCAUGUCAAGGUGAGCGAACUCACCUGGUAGUGAGUUGGCUCCAAUGGUGGGAGAGGAUGCUGGUCAAACCUGGCAGACCCAAACACUGUAAGGGUCAGCUAGGAAUGUCACCAGUCAGAAGGAGCUUCAACUCCCACCUCUGGGAGAGCUUCAACCAUGUCCCAGGGGAGGUGGGGGACAUUGAGUCCAAGUGGGCCAUGUUCCGUGCCUCGAUUGUUGAGGCAGCUGACUGGAGCUUUGGCUGUAAGGUGGUCAGUGCCUGUUGUGGCGGUAAUACCCAAACCUGUUGGUGGACACCAGCAGUGAGGGAUGCCAUCAAGCUAAAGAAAGAGUCCUAUCAAGCCUUUUUGGCCUGUAGGACUCUGGAGGCAGCUGAUAAGUACCAGCAGGCCAAGUGGAAUGCAGGUUUGGUGGUCGCUGAGGCAAGAACCUGGGUGUGUGUGGGAGAAGUUUGGUGAGAGCAUAGAAAACAACUUCUGGACAGCUUUGAAGAGGUUCUAGACCACCAUCUGGCAUUUCAGGAAAGGGAAGCAAUGCACUGUCAACACUGUGUAUGAUGGGGAUGGUGUGUUGCUGACCUCAACUCGGGAUGUUGUUGAUUGGCAGAAGGAAUACUUUGAGGACCUCCUCAAUCCCACCAACACGCCUGUCAGUGAGGAAGCAGGGCCAGGGGACUCAGAGGUGGGCUCUUCUAUCUCCAUGCAGAGGUUGCCAAGGUGGUUAAAAGGCUCUUCUGUGGCAGGGCCUCAAGGUGAGAUGAAAAUUUGCCCAGAGUUCCUUAAGGGCCUGAAUGUUAUGGGGCUGUCAUGGCUGACACGACUCUGCAGCAUCACUUGGACAUCAGGGGGCAGUGCCUCUGGAUUGACAGACCAGUGUGGUGGUCCCCCUUUUUAAGAAGGGGGACUGGAGGGUGUGUUCCUUCCAACUACAGGGGGAUCACGCUCCUCAGCCUGCCUGGUAAGGUCUGCUCAGGGGUCUGAAAGACAAACCUCAGAUUCAGGAGGAACAAUGUGUUUUUUUUCUGGUCAUGGAACUGCGGUCCAGCUCUACACCCCUGCUAGGAUCCAUAAGGGUGCAUGGGAGUUUGCCCAACCAGUCCAAAUGUGAUUUGUGGAUGUAGAGAAGGCAUUUGACCGCGUCCCUCUGAGAAUCCUGUAGGAGGUGCUCCAGGAGCAUGGCGUACCGGACACCCUGAUAAGGGCUGUACGUUCCUUGUACAACCGAGUAGAGCCGUUGAACUAAAAGAAAAACAAGUUUUUCGUCAUCAUUCAAAACUUUUUUGUAUGCUAGCAUGUAUUUUAAAACAUUCGCCUUUAUCAAGUAGUUACAACAAAUAAUAUACUUUGAUUUCAUAUACUUAUUUCUGAGGUUAAUGAUCAUGAAUGGUGCUAUAAUAUCUUACAAAACAGUCUUUCCUGAGUAGAGUAUCUGGCUUAUUCAAAUGCCUCAUAAUAUCUGACAGCCUAUUCAGCCUUUUUAUGUCUUUCAAGCUGUUAUUUCUCCCUUUUCUCUACGGGUUAAAUAAAAAAGCUUGAGCAUAUUAUUUGACGUCAAAGGCACAGAUGGCCCUGAAAGAAGAAUGCAGCAGAAAGCAUGCUGAUGGGUUGUUUUCCACAAGGUCAUGGCUUGAAAGAUAACUCCUGAAAGGUAACACCGCAUGGUCCAGAGGGUCACAUAUGGAGUGAUAGAGUUGUUUCAGAGCAGCAGAUUAACAGAUGUUCAAAAGAAAAGAUGAAUUGCUGCAGAGAUUAAAGGUGGUGUUUUCUUGUAUGGGCAUCACAGACUGACUAAGACUGUAAUUAUAAUGGGUUGUGAUUACGGUCAGCAUAUUCACUGUCACUGCACUAGACUCCUGGAUCUGCAAGAUGUAGGACAACUGAACUAAUGUUGGAUAGUUAAUUUGAGAGGAUUUCAACAGAUGGAUGGUUUUAAGGGCUAAAUCAGGAAGAAAAAAAAUUCUACAUCACAAAGUAUUAUUCUUGGACUUCUAGUAAUACUCUUCUUUGCUGAAAUAUUGAAAAAUGCUAAAUAUAACUCACCAUUUGUAUGAUCUGAUGUCUUUUUAAAUGUCCCGGUGAUUCAAAUGGAUUGCAUACACUCAGCUCAUUGUCUCAAAAAAGAGGAAAAACUCCACCUCCACACAACCUUAGGAACUAGGGAUGGAAUCUCUUCUUAGGCAAGUCAGAGACAGAACACAUUUCCUCAAAUACUUAAGUGUUGGUAGGUUUUUUGUUUUGUUUAAAGACCUGUUCAGUGGAACGGCAGGAAAGCUGACAUUUCCCUUCAGCUGAGAUAGUAAAACUCAGUGUUAAGCCUGGAAUGGCUCUUUUGAAACUGUUCAGGGAUGAAGACUGUUUUAUCCCCCACAAUGAAUAAUGAAAUACAUGUUUUUAUGUAUGCCCAUUUUGUUUUCCAGAGAGCUGGCAAAGCCAGGCAUUUAAAAAAAGAGAUAUUUUUUACUGUAUGUUACUACUUUUUAUUUCGGAGUUUUUCGGUAACUCCAGGUCCUGCUUUUCUGUGCUGUUCAUCAAGUUGAGUCAGAUCGAUUUCUGAAGAUUUUCUUAUUUUGCUAGUGAAGGCACUCAUUCUUUUGCGGUUCUUUGACUUUUGUUGUGGCAGAAGCAUCUUUCUGUUUUUGCUCCAGACUUCUCUGUCUGUAUUUCGCGAGAAGGAUCUUUACAGGCUUCUUAGACUCCUUCCUUUGUUUCAGCAGAGCUACCUCUUCCUCAGCUUUUUUAAGCAUCUGACCUUAAGCUCUCUCUGCAUUUGCCUCAAACUCCUCUUUAGUUUAAAGCAAUUAGAUGCCUCCUCAAUGCUGUCCUCGUUUGUUGGGCAUGCAUGAUUAUCAACACAGACCUCUAACUCAAUAGCUUUGGUUCUAUUUAUAAGGGCCCAUGCAAUGGUCUUCUUUAAGUAGACUCAAGGAUCUUAAACAGAUAGAGUCUAAAUCAGUUUAAGCUUUUUGCAGGAUCAUGCUGAUGGGCAAAGACACAAAAAUAAAUUUAGAGCAACGUUUUAAUGAAAAUGUAAGAAAUCUACAGCCAACUGUAAAAAGAAGAAAACGUUCAAUCAAACCUGGUGUACAUAUGGCGGCGUUUGGUACGCUACUACGUAAAUAAAAAUUUUGAUGUUGCAAAUGCUGCUUCAGCUAAAUAGCAGUUAAGUUCAUUAGAAACACAUACUGAACUUAACACAGAGCAAAAAGUGCUGUUUUUAUCCAUUCAGUUUUACCUCUGAAUAGACUGGGGACAAGAUCUUCACCUACUGAUCAAGAUCUAGGGCCACUAACACUUUUUAGGGCAGAGGAACCAGUUUAAAACCAACCCAUGAUGUUGGCAAAAAUGGUAACCAUAUUCUUCUUUGUGAAACAGUGAUGUUUGAACAUGAAGAGAAGUUAAAUCAUUUGAUUAUUUCUGUUCAGAAGAAUAUUUUGAUUUGGGGUCUGUACUAUAGAAUAGAAUAGAAUAGAAUAUUCCUAUAUUGAUCCCCCAUGGGGGAAAUUUUUGUGUCACAGCAGCAUCACGGACAAAGAGCGCAAAAAUGAUGAGUGCAAAAAUAUAGAUGAUUUUAUAGCCAUCAUUGGCAGUUACGAAAUAAAAUCUUAACAGUUGAGUGUAUUGAUUUCUGCUUAAAAGUGAGCAGAUGAUUGUCCACUAAAUAAUUCAAGCACCAGACACUCACAGCACUUCCUUUGAUAGAUAUUUUUGUACAUCCUUGGGUAAGAUUUUUUUUAAGGCUGUAAACCCUGUUUGAACAAAGUCCCUCAUGCAGCUUAGGAAACCCCUCGUUUUAAAGCAGUAAUAUAUUCAUUUUGCUCAUCAGGCUCUUUUGAUAUUGUCUGUGCCCACAUAUUUUUGUCCACAGCCUGAUAAUUAGGAGCCCAUGCCUUGGCGUUACACAGAGUGUCAGGCUGCAUUAGCUUCGGAGCUGCACUGGCUGCACAGAGGACAAUAAAAGGACUGCCCCUUCACUGCACAUCCACCAGGACUUAUUUAUUUAACUGCACCAGCCUUUCAGUGACAUGACUAUGUUGUGUGGCAACACUGUGAGCCGAGAAUUCCUCUGUUGUCACGUCCAAUCCCAUCUGGAUGCAGCAAAGCAUUUGUUUCAGCCUUGUGGGCUUUUUCCUGUGUCUGGCUGCUACGACAUAUCUGCAGACUCCAAAUGCCCUCGAUAUCAACACACCAACUCUGUUAAGUUCCCGCUCAAAGCAGCCACCCUUUUACUGUUGCAGAUGUCUUACGCAACCGUGGGAGAGUUUACUUGAGUUGAUAUGUGGAACUGGUUGAUGAAGAGGGAGGGGGAGUGUGCCCCACAGUCAACAGGAUUACUGGCAGUUCAAAGCCUCAGAGAUCACCUCUCUUCACAGUUUGUAGUGGCCCUGAGUGCCUCCCACAUCUGCACAGUAGGUAUCUGUACAGUCAGUUAGAUUAUGAUGGCGUUGCCAGGGUGAUGGUUGAUGGGUCCCAUACCCUGGUUGCACACUAAGAGGAUUAUCCAUUGGUUGUCUUUAGCAGUACAUCAGUGGCAUUUAUAUUGUAUUACUGUGCUGACCUCAACGGCCCAACAGUAUCGUCCAUCUAUGUGGUAUACUUAGGUCUAUUGGCAGCCCUGAUGUUGCUCUACAAGACACUCAAGUCUAUUAAACACUGAAUUAUCUAGAGCUUAAGAACGUCUGAGCCUGCUUCGGUUUUUCUCCGUGUCACCCCCUUUGUCCCAGCAUGGGUGUGUAGUGUUUACACCAUUGUGCUGCGGUAUGAUGUAUUGUUAAUGACUGGUGAAGUAGCAGUAGGGAAGGACAGCAGAAGGGAAGGGUGGUGGGGCUUUUUAGAGGAAGUGAAAGGCGGGACGGGACGUCCUGACCUGUUGGCUCUUCUGUCAGUCAGUCUGCAUCCUCCAGAGCUAACCCUAAGGCUGCUAUUUUAAAACCUUCCCCCCACAUCCAGCCCAGCAGCUGGACUCAGACUAUUUAUAGCACCAUUGCUGCCCUGGGAGAAGCAAGGCUGAAGAGCAGGAGGAGCUCAGUUUGUGUAAUUCUGACUUGUACACAACAAAACCAAAAUAUUGGUUUUAGAUAUGUGGGGAUUUACUAUGUGUGGGGGCUUUGUUUUUGCAUGUGUAUCUGUGCAUCAACAUGAGACAGUCUUCACUGGCUUCAACACAAAUCUUAAUAUAAAAGUUUGGCAUAAAGUCAACAAAUCUGAAUUCUUGACCUUGACUUCUGACUGGAGGCUGUAAAAUAAUAUCUCUAACAACUCUAUCUCUUCCUGUUUUGUUCCUGUAUGAGCAUCCUUACAUUUUCCAGUGGCACUGUAAAAAUAUUAUUCAGUGAGAUGUUUGGUGUUAUUUAACUUUCAGAGCACAGCAAGUAACAGCAAUCACCACCACCGUCCAAAAAUCUGAAUUGUAGUUGAAAAUCCCAUUUUACGAGUGCUGCUAUAAUUAAUUCAGUUUUUGCAUGUCUGUUUUAUAUGGAGAUGCAAUACGUGAACAGCACUGCCAAUACAUGUACAUGUAUCAUUAAAUUGUUUUAUCAACACAGCCUAGUGUGGGCUAUUUCAAUUCAUGACAUGCUAGCUUAGAUUGAACACAAUGAAUCUUCAACAUCUUAUGCGUGUUGUUUGUAUGACUUCAAUUUGCCAACUGGAGAGAUAAAGUGUUAGUGAUUGUUUUAGCAGAGAUGUGACCACAGAAAGUCUCUUGCCUGCAUGAUUAAGAACAGGGUCUUGUUGUGGCACUGUGGUGUUUUUUUUUGGGUCCUCAACAAUCCCCCUUUGUCCCAUACGGGUACAAGUACCCUCUGUUACUGCUGCCUCACUGAUCCGCACAGCAGAGCACCCAGUCUGACUGCGCCACUCUCAGAGUUCUACAGCCCCCCGCCCCCCCGGUAGCUGAAGCAUAGCCUUGUUUAACUGGAUGUUUUCGUUAAUCAAACAGCUAAGCACAGGCUGAUUAGAUCUGAUAGUGUGAUACAGACAGCGCCGUCAAUCUUUCCUCCUUGGAUUUACUUUUCAAGUGUCACAUCAUUGAGUGACACUCCACUCUUCCUGUCUCCCUCUGUAGAUGACCCCAUGUCAGGCCUGUUCAGAAAGCCCAUGAAUGACGACGGUGAUGUCUACACUUCUCUGCUCUCAAAUCAGAGCUUCACAUCUGGUCGAGAAUCGUCCUACCUAUCUGAUGACCUGAAGCCUUCCUCUGGCCUGGACAGUUUCUCCAGCAACACCUACAGCUUUAGCUCCAGCACCAAGAUGACUUCCGACCUGGCUGACGAUAUGCCAAAAUCCUUGUUGGGCUCAGAGAAGACAGAAUCCUACAACUACAUGGACAUCAGCCAUGGGGACGAGACUCGAGAUCAGACACUUGGGGCUCUGCACAGCCUGGUGGACACAGGAUCAUCUGGUCGUGACUCACUGGGCAGCUACAUUGAUAAGACACCUGGAAAAUAUGAGGAUGACGAGGAGGAAGAGGAAAACCUGGGUCCAGCUCUGGGGUCCCACUCUUUUCCUUACGUGGAGGAGCCUUCUGAUGAAGAGCUGUCAGACUACCGCUCCUACAGAAACCUGGGCGGCACCCCGCAGACAGCCAGCCCCGUGAGGAUCACCCUGACUGAGUCCAAACCUCCAGCUGCAAAGACCGAGAUGCAGAAAAAUCUGUCUCCUGUUAGUGGGUCUGAGCGUGAAAAUGUCCUCAGUGUAGGCCAGCAAGGAGUACCCAUAGUGACACUAUCAGAGCCGGAAGAUGAGAGCCCUGCUUCCACUCCCAAUGCUUCUCCAACACGUAAGCACCUCACACAAAUACAUAAUCUGUAUCUGAGCAAGAGUAAACUCCCUGCACAUAAAAGAAUUGCCAUCUACUUUGCCACUUCCUGGUUCUUUGUGCUAUGUCUGAUGACCAAUCAGGGGGCUGUGUUCUAAACGUUUGCAAUACACACCGCAUACAUAGUAUUUCAUGGAAAUUCACUAUUGCUUUUACUCAUUUUUAACACUUUUUUUUCAGCAUUUUGGCACCUAAAUUGACAGUGUUGUCAGAAAACAAACAGCUUUUUCAGGCGUAAGAUGACUUCAUAUGUUUUUUUGUGCCAGUCGCUCAUAGUUAGUGUAUUGUGUGAUACACAGGGGAGAAAACAAGCUUCAAAACAUUGCAUCUUUACUUUCGGGAGAGUAACUUUAAAUACUCAAACUAUAUAAAAGAGAAAUAAGUAAAGGGGCUGGAUAGCAUUUUACCUGAAGACGAAUGGAAUCUAAAGAUUACUCAAUCAGCAGGAAUAUGCCAGGUUACUGAAAGUAUGUAGUUUAGAACAAUGUCUAUCACAUUGAAGUAAACAGAAAUAAAACCAGUCACUGAGAAAAAGAUGGGGGAAAUAAUACAGAUUAUACACAUAUGUUGUUGAUCCAACUUAUUGGUCAGAUGACUCAUUUCAUUUCUUCAGUUUGUCAACAUUCUUAUUUCUUACUUUUAGAGUCAUUCUGGAGUUUUUUUGUCUAGCUGUAAGUUUAUGUGUACAUAUAUCUACAUUUACUGUGUGAAUAAAGGGUUAAUGCAGAUUUUGUUCUGUAUUUCUUUUGAGCAGAAAAAGAAUUCUCCUCCUGUGGCAUGUUUAAGGCUGAUGAGGUUAAGCCUGCAGCUUCCAAAGGCACUCCCAGCACAAAAGCUGGCAGCAAGGAGCAUGAUGGCAGCAGCGCAGAGUCUGGGGACUCAGAGAUCGAGCUGGUUUCUGAGGAGCCACCAAAGGCCAGCAGCAACCCAUUUGCCCAGUCGCCUAAAAGCAAGGGCACUUCCAAUCAGCCUAACAACCCCUUUGACAAUCCCCCACUUUCAAAGGGUGGUUUCGGCCUGACUGGCAACCAUGCUCCACCCACAGCCUACAGCAUUCUGAGGGAAGAGAGAGAGGCAGAGCUUGACAGUGAUCUCUUCAUUGAGUCUGCGUCUGAAGAGAGCCCAAAGAGAGAGCAGGGCUUCAGUGGCCCCACUAAGGGAGUCAGCCCUCCCUCUCCCCUGGUUCCCAGUGCCGUCCCUCCCCGUAGUCAGGCCGAGGCUGUGCCAGCCGAGCCCCUUGUCCCAGAAAAGGUUAAGACCCCAGUGAAGACAGAGGAAGAUCGCCCAAGCAAGCCCAAGCCUCCAACUGCAGCCGUGCCCCCUGAGGUGCGAUCAGAGAGGCCCCAACAGGACGACAUGCACAAACACACCAAUGAGGGCAAAGGGGACUUUGGGAAGGCUGCAGCUUCAAUCCUGGAAGGCUUUGACAAACAAAAAGGUCAGUCCAAAAUCUUGAUUUUCUCUAAAAUAAUGUUCACUGUUUCUGCUUCUCUUCCAAAGUAGUAGAAUUUCACUGAAUGUCUAUUUUUUCAGUUUGCGGUGACUUCACAUUGUGUACUGGCUUUCUACAAACAGGGUUUCCUUUGAGCAGGUAGUGUUGUACAGUAUGUGCUGGUGUGUGUUCUUGACCAAAUGAAGAUGCUAUGGCAUGUGCUUUUUGACCUUUACUAUCAUAUGUAGGUGUAAUUGAUUGAAAUGUAUUGACAACAAAUUUAUUAUGAAAACGCUAACAUGAUGCGUGCGUUUGUUUACUUCCUGGUAGCGACCUGCAUGGUGUGCUUUGCCAUUGUUUUGUUUACAAGGUAAAGAAGAUUGCAGUGAGGGAUGGGAUGUUGCUCUUGCUGAGUGUGUGCGUCUGUGCGGGGAGGGGUAAGAAGUGCUUGCGCUUCCCUGAGAUCUGCUUCCCCCUGGUGGAAAUUAUGAGGAAAAAAGCAGAGUGAUGAUGCAUGGAUUCACAGUCGUUGCAAUUUGUAGUAAAUUACACUAACAGCCUCUUAGUGUCUAAGCUGGAAGAAUAUGUCUGCUUUUAGUAGAAACGUGGAUAAUAUUGACAGAAUGCAGCUGUCGACUCUAAAAACACUGAGAGCAUCUUUGCAGCAUUUGGCUCCUUACAUCACAGUUUUGCAUCCUGUGAUUAGAUAAGUCAGAAAAGGCAGUGGCAGUCAGCAGGAGUUAAUGCCAUCUAAGCUGCACAUUUGGUGCAGGCAGUGGUAUUUGACUUCUAAUGGCUGUUCUCUCUGUCCUUGUAAACAUUGGGUUUACAUAAUCCUAUGAUGCCAAAACUGGGGCACACUCCUACUCAGGAGCUUUGAAAGGCUUCCUCUUGAAUUUUGCAUAGUAACAGAGCUGAAAAAGCAGCCGCAUCUGAAAAAGACAGACACUCAGGUUCAGACUGACACAGAGGUUCACUCAGGCUGAACCUCACAGCCUAGGGUACAUGUUGACUGCAGAGCAUGUGAUGAGUGAUACAGGUAAAUAGUUGCACAUUGAGCAGGUGUGAUGAAUAAGCAGAUGAAAGAGGAUUCCUUGUUUUGUUUACUCAGACUGGAGGAAGGUUCUGGAAAUAUAAAAAAGGUCACGUGUCUCUGUUUGCCCACCAGUAGAGGGCGCAGUGCACCUUUGUUACUGCCGCUCUGAUUAGGCAAGCAGAAAUCGUUAUCAUCAGUCUGUGCACUUCCAUACCAGUUGCCAUAGCAACAGUGAGACGGGGAGUGUUUUCAAUGUGCUUCAAAGAAACAUGUUUUUGUCUUCCACUCUGUGGGUUUUGGCUCUGAAGUCUGUCACGGCUACAGUGAGCAGAAGGUGUGAGGUGUGGCUGUCUGCAGGGGGGGACACUGGGGUGGGGGGGAACUGAGCCAUCAGCUUUAAUGAGAUUAAAAUAUGUUUUCUGCUCAGUGCUGACACCACAGUGACUGUGCUGUUUCUCACUUAAGCAUCCUACAUCACCCUUUUUUUUGACAUCUCUGUCCACAUCACAAAUACUUCCUGAGGGGAAAUCGUAAACUGUGGAGACAUCUUGAGAGCAAUAAACAAAGAACAUAAUGCUGCGAUGCACAGGCUCCCUUAUAAUGAAUUAUUUAAAAGCAAGCACUUUGCUUCUUCAAUUAUCAGUGAGUCACGCUAAAAGCAGCUAUUUGAAUCACUGUCUACAACCUUAAAUAUUGUACUGUGCAAAUAGAGAACUAUGAAUCUGGAUAAAUGCCACGUUUUUUCUUAGCAUCGUGGUCUCAAGUCCAACUAUUUCUAGUCCACAGAAGACAUUUCUUUUGCAUCCUGUCAGGAGUACUGCAUCUCAUCAAACAAUUUCAACAAAGCGCAAUUCUUUUCUGUUAAAAGAAGAAGUCAUAGCAAACUGUAGCCUGUACCACCAUAAUAAGUCCCCCAUAAAAACUGGGCUCUGUUACACUGACAAGAAAUUUACAAUCUAAACCUUGAAAUCAUACUGAAAAAUAUAUGACAGUGCUGUAGUGUUUCUGUAAAAGCAUAUAUGGGACCCCCUCCUCUGUCUGAGCCCCCACCACCGCCAGCACGUUCUGAGGCUCUGUUAGUCAGGGCUUUUAUUGUGAAAACUGGUGUAGCUUCCCUUUCAAAAAAAGCUCUAACAAUCAGCACCCACCCUUUCAUACCCCUUAGGCUCUUAAUCAUUGCAUGGAUGGUCUGCUGCUGCAGCAACUGUGGUAUGGUGUUUACAAUUUGACCCCCCUCCCCCUCCCCCCAGCACACACAUGCACACAUAGACAUACGCACUUGCUCUACUCUUGUUCAAGCCAGCGCCGCUCCACAGCAUCAGUCUGUGUGCUCCGCGAGCCGGCAGCACCUUGGAAACCUUUUCCUCCCUCCCUCCCUCUCUGUUAUCUCUGCAUCCUUUUUGACCAUUCAUGCCUCGCUGGAAUGAGUGAGUGAGUCGGUGCGACUGAAGAGGGACACAAAGAAGAAACAGGAGACCGUAAAGAGAAAGACAGAGGACAGGGGCGUAAUUGAUCACCAGCAUGCAGGCCACUGCAGAUGUGAGCAAGAAGGAAAGCUCCUGGAGCAGCUGGAAGGGCCAGGGUACUGAUGUGUUUCCUGUGAUUUACUCGUUGCUGUGUCUGUGAUUUGUGGCUGUGAGAGACGGGCUGUUAGCUCUGCAUGUCGGUUAAAUAGUCAUCCCAUCAUAGAUGUGCAACCUUGAAUUGUGUAUAUGGGCUAUGCAUGUGUGUGUUUGUAAAAUCUGACUGUUAAGGGAGAUCAAACAGGGAUGUUUACCUGAAUCUCUCUUCACAUGGACACGCCCUGAUGACAGACGCUUUCUACUGCAUGUGUGUGAAUCCAAAAAAAACAAAGAGGAGGGGGUGACAGACGCUGGUGGGUGUUUUGAAAAAUAACCGUAUACACAGUGUGCAUUUUAACAGGGGUACCAUCGUUGUGUUGUGGACCUAGACAUGCCAUUGUUUUGCCCUCCCCAUUUUGCGAGUAUGUAGAAGAGCUUUUUUAUGUCAUUUGCUCUGUUUUUGUGUUCAAGAGGCAGUCUAAGCAUCAGAACGGCACUGACAGAGUGUCUCCAUAGUAACCAGGGCACACCCAUCGUGAUUACAUCAGCCCUAUCUCUUUGGCUGCCAUGGCACCUUGCAGAGACUGGGCCAGAGUAAUGCAUCCUCCGUCUGUCUGUUUCCGAUGCAUGGAGGGCUCAAACAAUCGGCCAGAAGAGAAAAUGGCGCCCCUUCCCUCCAUCCUAGUUUUGCUGUAUUAUCUGACAUCUCUUAAGGAUUGGCUCAGCAGUGACUAUGCAAACAGAAUGGUCCAGCAAAUGCAGCUACGCAGACACUAUCACUGUUGCCGACUGUGGAUUCGCAGCUUUGUCGAAAAAACAACAAAUGUCAGACCCCCAUUUGUCAUCAUUGUACUGAAUCAUUAUUGAUUUAAUGUGGUUUAAAUGAAUGAGUGACUGUAAUAUUAUAGCCAAAGUGAUAGGAUCUGUCCACAGUAUUAACAAUGUAUCAAAUUAAGCUGAUACAGUAACAGCAGAGGGUGAAAUCAACCAGAUUCACCUCUGAAGUUGAAUGUCUGCUGUCAGCUUAUAUCUGUGCUCAAUUGAAUGUUAAUUCAGUCUGACUGAACUCACACAGUUCUUGUCUGAGCUGAGUAAAAAUGGCCAAACAGCCAACAGGUUUUUAAUGCUUGCUCCGGAUAAACAAUAACGCAGACACAACAGCUUAUUCAUCAAAUGUUCGUAUUUUCUAAAUAAAUUGUAUAUUCGUCACAAAUCUCUACAGAUUACAAGAUGAAAAAUAGCUACCCAGUCUUUUCCGAUGGAUUAAUCAACCUCUCAGUUACAGUUGAAACGACAGAGGUGAACAACUUUUUGCACUUAAUGGAAGACAUUGUAAUUUGAUGUUGUGCCAAAUCAGUGUUAGAUUAGUCUCCAAAUAUGGAACUGUUCAGUUAGGAAAGAGAGAAGUAGUCCAGGUGUUUUGACUUGACAGUAAUUAUUUACUCCAUAAAAGCGAUUUUGAAGCGUCAAAUGAAUUAAGAGAAGACGAAGGCCAACUCAGGAACUACACUCAAAGUUGGUUAAAUGAUAAAAAGCUUUUUCGUGGUAGAGUCUGGGUCUGAAACUGAAGUCCUUAAUCUUGGCUGCUGGCAGCACAAGUCCCUUUGCAUGUUUGCUCACUUCAUCUGACAGCUUGUUUGAGGCCACAAGGAUGUCUUCAGUGAUUUAAUGAGGUCAGGCUAAACUAGUUUCAUUAUGAGAGGUGGGGGAGAGAAUCGUAUUAUUGUCACUUGCGUUAAUAAUCUGCUCUGGAUUUUGCCUGAUCUACAUGUUGAAUAUCAGAGUUAACAGCCAUAUCAACAAAGAGAGCCAAGCAGGCAGUGACUGUACUUCCUGUUGUCAGGUUUAAUAACCUUUUUAUUGCACCCUCUCUCAAAACUGAGGGUUUUUUCUGCUGUUAAAAACCAAAAGUUCUACACAUUUAGUGCAUUUCUUAGAAGACAUAUCAGGCUAAGAUUAAAAUCAAUUUCAAACUUUUGGCAUGAAAACCCAUUUGUUGUUAAAUGCAAAUGAGCUGGAACACACCGAUGUGCAGUCUAUCCAGUUCACUCAGUUCAAAAUAAGAAUCAAGUUUAAAAACAUCUCAGCGUAAAUUUAUUAAAGUCGCAGUUUAUGUUCUUAAAGUCUUUUAUAAUCAGUCUUUGUUUGUUUUUGUCAGAGUUGACAUUUGACAUACCCUAUGUAGGACCUGCCAUUGUCCUUUUGUGCUCCACGAUAAAGGGAGAGGCUGUCUUCAUCAUUCAGGGUGUGGAAGAGACACAUUAUGUGCCACUGAUUCCCCAGAUUCAGAGCAAAUGAAUCUCCCUCUGUUCCCAGAGGAACACUCUUUCCCCUCCCUUUCUCUGUCUGCCCCUCCCUUCCUCCCUCUCUCCAUCUCUCAGCGAGUGUGGGGAUAAAAUGGAGCACGGUAACUAUGGUAACUGCAUCAGGCAGGUGCUCAGCAGAUCCUUGCUACAAAGCAUUUUAAUGGAGCAGUAGAGUAUGGAUUUUCUAUGAUGUGAUUACAGUAGUUGUUCUAUCUCUAACGUUUGGUGUUGUAAGCUUCAAUCUCUACACAUUAGGAUGGGUUUGUCUUGAAUUUGUGACACUUUUUUUUUUUGUGGUAGUCGCUGCUAGGCAGUCAUUGUCACAUGUCAGCGGGGCUGCGCUUAAAAGCCUGGGAAUAAAAGAGCUCACAGAGAGAGCAUUUGUAUGUAUGUUUUAGUUUGUGUGUGUGUGUGUGUGUGUGUGUGUUGGAUUGCAAUGUGAUUCUUUGGCAACCGCACCCCAUAGACGUCCCCCCUCCCUUCGUCCCCCUGCGCAGGCAGAUGCUGAUUUGCUGGUGAGGCUGUGGCCCCUCCCCUCCUGUGCAGGGGGGACUCCCCCUUCAGUGCUCUCCUUUUGUCCGUGGAUAAAGCAGCUGCCUCUUUCCCUGUUCAGCCAUGGGAGCCGCAGGUCAGUACACGCUUCUACUGCACUAGCUAAAGCUUUUCAGUCUGCCUGCAGCCUGUGCCGCACAUCACAAGACACAGUCACUGAGGCUGGUCAACACCUGUCUGUAGCUGGAAUGUCUGUUAGAGUGUCUGUGUGCUGAAACAGCUGCUGUUUAUGCUACCUGUGCCUGUCUGUGUGUGUAUGUGAGCAUCUCCAUUAAAAUCAGCGGCCACAUGGACAGUUUGUCAUGAGUGGAAUGAAAAAUGGCUUCUGGGGAGGGGAGUGGUGCAUGAACAGCAGCUGAGGCACGUGGAUCCUGAUGCCAUUGUUCUGAAUGAGUGGUGUCUUUGGUUUGACAGUUGGAAGGAGGAGCAGACACAUAGGUACUGUUCCCCCUCUUUGAGCUCUUCAUGAAGAAGGCAAAGAUUACAUUUGUUGAUUGAGUUUAAUGUUGAUGGUACUUCUGAGUGGAAAAAACAAAAAAACUAGGUUUCACUAAUUCACACAAACUGUUCUUUGGCCCCCAAGGUUCAGCCUGCCUUUUUGGCAUCCACAGAUGCCGUUUAGUGGAGAGUAAAGAUGGCCGUCAUCACUAUGCUGCUCACAGCUCCUCGGCUAAAAUUAGAGCAGGCAAGCUGGCGGACAGCUCAGAGAAGAAGAGUAAAACACCCAAGAGACCACAGCCGCAAUUCUCUAUUCUUCACAGGCAUGAAACUUGACAUUUUCACAUGGCGGUUCUGCUUCUCUCUCUUCAUGACAUGAGGAAUAUCCAGGUGUCAGUACUAGCAGAUGAACCUCAGUACUACUUUUAGAUUUGUAGUGGUGGUGGGGGAGGCAGAGGUGAAACAAGCUACCAGCCACCAGUUCUCAUGGAAACAGGGCCUGUGUUUCCAGCCGAUACAGCCCAUGAGCACCAUGUUGGCCACUGUAGCUGUAACGGUAGACUGGGCUAAUCCUUCGCUAUCACUCCUCUCUCAUCUUUGCUAGUGGCUUUGAAUUACAGGCCCCAGUACCUAAAGAUGUAAGGAAGUGUAAGAAUAGAGGGGAAAACUUUGGAGCAUGACAUUCAAGCUCCUGCAGACAUACUGGUUGUUAUUAAUUUCAACAGGUUAUUUCUGAGAGUCGCAGUGUUUCACUGCAUUGAAGCAGCAUCAUCCUUCUUCUUGACUUGUCUGGCUGGGUCACACUGAACUAUUAUUUGCAAACUGCUGAUAGUGCUUCUAAUUCUGGGACCGGCUUCACAGAGCUAUAGGUCAAUGAUUAAUUCUGUUCUUUGAAAGGUGAGUGAUGGUAUACCUGCAGUGAACUGCAGCUUUCUCCGCCUGUUUGUACGUACCACUUGACAUGUAUGAGAGCAGACCAUGUGACACACCCAGCAAGUACACGUCAGAUGUAAGCGGAGUUGGGACAGGUCAAAGAGUGUGUUAACACAGACUUGGACACUUGCUUGACAAGUGAGGCGCGGGUACGAUCUCCAGCAAAAGGUCACUCUAUAUUAAGGAGUAAAGAAACGAAACUCAAACACCUUCACGUCACCUGGCAACUCCACAGCUCACUGUAACCAAGGAAAAAGCUGGGUUAGGAAGCUGGGUUAAUACAGGAUCACGUGACAAGCAGAGCUCUCCCAGGACAUCGAGUUGUGAACAGCUUCCAGAAAUUUGACCCAAAUGUGUGGUGUGUAGAUGCUUGAUCCCAUUUCACAGAGACUAUGUUCAUGGACACCUUUCUGCAUGUCAUAGAGCAGGGGUAAGGUCAUGCUGGUCAGGGGCACUAACCCUGUUUGUCCUUGGUCUGUCUGUUCUUCCCUCAGCGAUUGACCUGCUCUACUGGAGGAAUGUGAAGCAGUCAGGAGCCGUGUUCAGCAGCGUGCUACUGCUCCUCUUCUCCCUGACCCAGUUCAGCGUGGUCAGCGUCGGAGCCUACUUAGCCCUGGCAGCACUUUCCGCAACCAUCAGCUUCAGGAUUUACAAGUCUGUGCUGCAGGCUGUACAGAAGACGGAUGAGGGGCACCCUUUCAAGUUAGUAAAACACAAUUGUUGAAUGAGAUCAUCUGGUUUGAAGGUCUUUGACAUUAGCUCACCAAAACUACUCAUCUGUGUUCCAGAGCCUACCUGGAGAUGGAAAUUGCUCUCUCCCAGGACCAGAUAAGCAAAUAUGCCGACAAAAUCCUACUCUACUCCAACACCUGUAUGAAGGAGCUUCGCAGGCUGUUUCUUGUACAAGAUCUGGUUGACUCUUUGAAGGUUAGCCACACUCUUAUCAGUGCAUUCAAGCAUGUUGUUAGAUGUUAGUUAGCUCUGCCAUUUUGGCCAAUGAAGAGGGCUUUGUAGUCACAGCAUCCUGAUAAUAAAUGUGUCAAGUGUUUCUCAUAUUUACAAAGACAUCUCCUUUCUGUUUGUCAGUUUGCUGUUUUGAUGUGGUUGCUGACCUACGUGGGCGCUCUCUUCAACGGCCUGACACUGCUCAUCCUAGGUACAGUUGACUAACAAGCACUCCAGCAUGUCAGGCCACAGUUCAGGAGUACAACACAGUCCAUAGAACAAAGCUGUAUAAUAGUGUAUAUAUGUUAUUAAUGGGAAGUACACCAUGUCCUUAUCCCUACACAGUAAUCGAUCAUAUCAGUCAUGUUACUUCACCGGAGAACGUGUACACCAUCUGUUUACCUUUCCAGUUUACUUUAGAUAAGUGUUGGGUGCUUACUUACACGUGUGUUCCUGUUUGAGAAUAUUCCCACUGCACAGUAGGUCAGAAUACUCUAACACCGACUGUUACCCUCUCCUUGCCCCCACAGCUGUGGUCUCCAUGUUCACCAUGCCUGUUGUCUAUGAGAAACAUCAGGUAUCUAUCUAAGCUGUGUAAUAACUCUCAUCAAGCCUGAUGUAAGAUACUCGGUCCAGUUUAUAACCUGUCAAUAUCUCCAUGUUUUAGGCACAGAUUGACCAAUACGUGGGACUAAUACGGACUCAGGUCAACUCUGUGGUUGGGAAGUGAGUGUUUGCCAUUCUGACUUUCUAAGUACUGAAGAGGAAAAUGUGGCACAUGCCACUCACAAUGCUGCUUUGAAGACGUUUAUAAUUAGCAUCUAAAUUUUUGUGUCUUCAUAUACCAGGGCAGAGCAUUGACUUAACCCUAAUUUCUCCAGUGAAGCUACUCAGUGACAAAUAAAUAAGACUUCAUUUGAACUGGAAAGCUUCCAAGACACAGUUUAGCUUAUCAAGUCUGUGUUAAAUAAAUAAGAGGCAACACCUUCUCACACCCUGGCUGUACAGCACCUGUACAGGUUUAUUUUAUUCAGCUCUGUCCUCAUCUCUGCUCUUUUUUUUUUUUUCUUUGCCUAUUCUUCAGACUAGCCACUGUUCGUUUUCCAAUUUUAGUCAUAUUCACAGAGCCGGUUGCUCAAACUGCCAUAAAAAGACAAAGAACAAAACAGCAGGGAGAUGGGAUAAGCACUUCUUAAUCUAGGAUAAAUAUCUGGUUGGGUAUGCAAGAUUAAAGCCCUGUUUUCUCUGUACAGGAUCCAAGCGAAGAUCCCUGGGGCCAAGAGGAAGGAAGAGUAAGAACUGCCUGUCCUCCUGUGAAGCGGACAGUCCAGUCCAGCUCAGAGUCAGGCAGCCCACUCACUGUUGAAAAGCCUGGUCUUCAUCUGUGGGGCGUAGUGCUAUGUCAUCUUGAUGUUCUCCAAAAGCAUCCACCGGAGAGGCCGUCACCCUGUCUAUAGCAGUCUAAACACUAACACUCACACUGUCACACCUUCAUAAUCCUGUUUCUAGCUAGACAAGAACACAACUCAAAAAACUAAAGAAACAGACUUUUUGUGUUGCUUAUUAUAAAGUGCAUGAAGUCAAGCCUUGGGUAAAUGAUAUUUGAUAUCUUUUGUGCAGUUUUUAAUUCAUGCUACUUUUUGCUUUGCAGUGCUUACCACAAACUGUACGGUUUGGCACAAAAAAGCUUAAUGCCCUCAGACAUGCUCUGCUGCCAAUGUUAAAUACUGCUUCAUGUUUCUGAGUUAGCAGGCAGGGCUUCUCUCAAUAUAUGUCAAUAUAUAAAUAUCAAAAAUGAUUUUCUUUUGGUGUUUCCAAGCACAAAAUAAUUUAACAAUAUGCGUCUUAGAUGUGGUAAUUGUAGGGUUUUUGCUUUUGUAUAACCAUAAGGAACAAAACACACGCUCAUGUUUUAGGUACUGUUGUACAACUACUAUGAAGACAAGGAGUAUCUGGUGAUAUUUAGCUUGUUUGAAUAACUGUCCAACUUUGUACUUUGUUCAACUAUACUCUGUAGUUCUUUAGACCCUGGACUCUUUAACUAUUUGCACUCUCACUAUGUAUUUAAUUACAAGAAUAAGAAAAAUAAAUGUACCUUGAUGUAUAAC